UGUGUGUGUGUGUGUGUGUGUGUUCUGCUAUAUUUAUCUCAGGACUUGUUUUCCUGCCUCAGCUCCGCUCCGCUCCUCUCGGUCUGGACCUUGUGGAUCAUGGCGGAGGCUGAACCGGGACCGAAGCGCUUCAAGUCCGACCUGCCGCGGUGCCCGAGCCACCGGGGCUCCGCCGCCAGCCGGGCCCGCCAGAACCUGUCGGCCGGGGUGGAGGAGGCUCUGUGCGGGGUGAGCAGCCUGCUGCGGGACGGAGCCUACCGCCUGCAGGCUCUGGCCUUCGUGUUCGAGCAGGGCUCCAUCGCUCUGCCGCGUCUCGCCUCCUUCUUCCACCAGCAGGCGGAGAGGCAGGAGGCCGAGGCCGACGCCAUGCUGGCCUACCUGGCCCAGCGGGGCGGCUGCUACUGCGCCCGCCAGAUAAAGCGGCCGGGCUGCGAGGCGGUGUGUGCCGUCUUCCCGGCCCUGGAGCUCCUGCUGCUCCAGCUGAGGGAGGAGGUGUCGGUCCUGGUGGAGCUGAGCCGGCUGGCGGGCGAGCACGGCGACCCGCACGCCGCCGGCCUCGUCAAGCGGCGCUUCCUGCAGCCGCGGGUUCAGCGGGUCAAGCUGCUGGGCGACCUGCUGGCCAGCGCCCGCCGGCUGGGCUGCACCGACCAGCAGGCCAACGGCUUCGGAGAGUAUCUGCUGGACGAGCUGCAGGAGGAGCUGAGCAGCGCCUGAGCAGACGGGGGCGCUGUCGGGACGCCGCCGCCGCUCCCACGUUUCAUUUCUCACAACCAUCAGAAGCAGAAGCAGAAGCAGAAGCAGAAGCAGCUGUUAGUGUGAACGUGAUGCCAAAGCCUCAUGAGGAGAGAUCAGAGCCCAAAGCGACGUCCUCCUCAGUCUGACCAGCAGCCAAAAUAAAACCAAAUCUGAGUUUUACUACAAACACCGAGAGGGAAGAAAUCUGAGCAGCUCAGUGACGCUGGAGUCAGCGUUUUACUUGAAUAUCACUAAAAUGAUUCAUUCAUUAUCAAAAUUAUAAUCGAUUUAUUUUCCAACUGACUAAUCAUUUCAGUAGAAGUACUAAAACAAUCAGUUGGCAAAAGUUUCGUAAUUUUUUUAUGCGUUUUUAAACGUAAAAAAAAAAAAAAAAAAUUAAAUGUUUUUUUUUUUUUUUUGUACGGAUUUAAAGUAAAGAUACUGGUCUCAUAUGAAACUAGUCCAAAGGAGUCUGUCUAGGUCGUCUGCAAGUUCAGAUAAAUUUUGGCGAGAGGAAAACUGUCAUGGUCAUUUCCAGUGAGGUCCCUUGACCUCUGACCUCCAGCUGUGUGAAUGAAAAUGGGUUCUCUCCCCUUUGCAGACACGCCCACCUUCUGCUAAUCCCAUGCAGUUUGGGCCCCAAAGCCUGCAGUCCACAUGUGUU